AUGGACCAUCUCUCUCAAGCAGGUGCAGACCCGACCAAGCGCAAGGCCGACUCGCAGCCCAUGGUCAAUGUGGUGCCGAUCCAGCCUUCGUCGGUGGAACGAUUUUCGCCCUAUCCCGUCAAACAGCGGCGAAAGCGCGUGCCCAAAAACUGCUCCUCGUGUCUCAAAAGUAAAACCAAGUGCGACCGAGAACGCCCGUAUUGCGGCCGAUGUGUGGAACGAGGCCUGACGUGCGAAUACGCCUGCGAGGCCGACGUUCCGUCCAUGGCCGGACUGCUGGCCGACAACAAGCGACUCAAUGAAGACCUGGACCGGCUCAAGCGACUCAUGGACGAUGAACAUGUGCUGGAAGAAAGCAUGCCGUCGCUGGUCAUGAAGAACAUCAUUGUGAAAGAUACCAAGGACGCCGAAGAACUGCCCCAGGGCUCGCCAGAAGAACCCCAGGAAUACAAGGAGCCGUCCAGAGACGAUAACGUGGGUAUAAACAGAUUGACGCUCAUUGGACACACAGGCAGCAAACUGUGGUCGUCGUCGCUCAUGAGCGUCAACCCAGGCUACCACUGCGCCACCAUCUAUGGAAACGUGGAUAUGACUUCGGAUUUCUGCUUUGGAGGACAGGUCCAACAAGAAAGGCUGAAAACAACACCGGCGUACCCCAUUCAUAACCCCGAGUACCACCCGGUGUCAUCAGUGCUGCUCAACUACUUUUUCCAGCAUAUUUACUACUUUUGGCCGUUGCAUCACGAGCCUUGGGUCAGAGACAAGUUCCAGCUCAUCAUUGACCAAAAGGCGGAACUCAGUAACGUGUCGCUGGUCUUGUCUGUCUUCUCUGUCGCAGCCUAUGCACUCAACGAUGAGACGCGACUCUAUCUUCAGGGCGUUUUGCCUGCCGGCGGAGCUAUUACUGUUGAUAACAUUGCAGACUCCAUUCAUUUGGCUGCCCAUCAGUCUCUGGAUGCUGCCUGUAUGAUCAACAGACCCAGUGUGGAGACUCUGGGUUCUCUGGUGAUGCUCCAAGUGUCUGCCUCCAUCAGGUCGCCUCUUGGAUGCGUCACUACUCCUGUCUUCGGAACCAUUGUCGACCUGGCCUACUCUCUGGGUAUGCACCGAGACCCCUCAAACUUCACCACAGACCCUGUGGAGGCCGAGUUCCGACGCCGAAUCUGGUACGAAAUCGUCGCACUGGACCGACAACGAGCUUCACAUCUUUUCAGACCAACUUUUGUGUCUCAAAACUCGUACGACACUCUGUCUCCUGGUAACGUUGAGGGCGACAAUAUCAUUUUGGCAGGUGUUGUUGUCUACCGAGCCCUAGCAAUUGAGGCAUUUGUGCGUCGGCUGGUGUUUUCGUCCAAACCUGUGUCUUACAACUACAUUCUGUCUGUCGAUAAACAUCUCCAAAGUGUGCUUGAGAACCGUUCGUGUGCUCGAUUCCGUGUCCCUGAGGAUUUUGCGACGGUCAAAGAUCCCAAGGUUGUCCCCACACGUCCCUUUCCCCAGGACGAAAUCACAGCAGUUAUCAUUGAGUGUAUCCUGCUGAGAUCCAUAAUGAUUCUGCACAAACCCUUCAUGCGGGCUUACAGAUGUCCCCACUACACUGAGCACUACCACAAGUCGUACCGGUACUCUUUCAUUCGGUGUUGGGAGGCUGCUCGUCGAAUCUCGCAGAUUGUACUUGCUCUACAUGAACGUCCCCAUCUCACCAGCAAGUACACCUUCCUCACCUCUGGUGUAUGUUUGUACCACGGUAUUGACGCCACCUGUCUCAUUGGUCUGUCGUACCUGCACUCCAAGUCGGAGACCGACCCCAACAGUAACGGAGAUAUGAUCAUUCUGCAGCGAAUGAAGGAGCUGAUUCGAAAGCUUGUGCCUACGUCCAUUGUGGCGCGGGAGGCCAACGCGCUGUUUGAGCGAAUGUAUGCCGUGAUUCACAAAAAGUUUGCCAAUAAAAAAUCAGCCGCCAGCGUCACAGGAGCCGGCUCUCGAUCGGCAUUCAGAGGUCCCACGGGACACCAACAUCCGAUUCCUGACCAGCAACAGCAGCAGCAGCCGCAGCAGAAGCAGCAGGGUGCCGGAGGGGAUGUAAGCCAACCUACUCCUCCUUUUGUUCCUCAUGACGCUUCUUCCACAUCUUCGGUAUCAUCUACGUCCCCCGAUGUCAUUGCAAACCAAAUGCUGCGACCGCCGCUCAUGUUUGCCCCUAACAACAACAAUCCCGCCCCAACAGACGGCUCCGAGGAGUUUGAUAUGCAGUUUUGGGAAGGCUACUUCCCGUCUCUGUACUUCCCCAAUCCCCCUUCUGGUUCCAACUUGCAAGCCGACCCGGCUCCUCAGGAAGUUAACAACAACGAUCUUUUUGGCGAAAUUCCCAGCGAGCUGUUUUUCCCCGUCGAGUCCUGGGUGGACGGUCAGCAGAGUGGCAAGAGUGUCAUUUUCUAG